AUGGAAGAGGAAGCAGGCAUCUCUGUACUCUAUAGGCAGGAGGUCCUGGGAAAGGAUGUUUGGAUCAAGUUUGUAGACGAAACUGGUACGCAACAGUUCUACAAGGGAGUGAUCAGCAAGUGCCUCUCGUAUUUUCCCAACCAUGAUACCAGCAAACCCUUGGAAUAUCUGCACUAUGUCCACUUUGGAGACAGCGAUGACGACUACUACGAUCUUACCGAUAAAGAGGACACGGGAUAUCUCAGGUGGACCGAGGAGGAACCUGCUGCUACUACCACGCAGCCCAGGGUGGUCACACCGGAAAAGGCAAAACGGCCAGCUCCCGCCGAAGCCACUGAUAACAAUGAUACUGCUGCUACUACCGGUACUACCAAUAGCAAUAAGCCCAACAAGAAAAUCAAAGUCAAGUUGGAGUUUGGAACGACAAUCUCCAAUAUUGACGAUCCAGACAACAAUAUCAUCAAUCAGAAAGAAUUGGAAAACUGGCUCCGGAACAUCCACAAAAGCAGGGGGAAUCCCAUUUCGGAGAGCAAUGUCAAGAGAGUCAUGCAACGAGCCUGUGAUUUGGUCAAUGGAGAUGGCAUUGGGUACAAAAAUUGGCCCCAGACUGUGCGAAUCGCGGCGGGGACAAAGGUAGAUCUCAAUACCAACUUUGAUGCCUUGAUGGAGGAAGGGAAGCAGUACGAGCGAGACUAUCAUGAACGGGAUAAAAGCAAUGGUUGGUUGUUCGCUCAUCCCAUCAAGAAAAUGACACUCUACAGGGACUACGUCCAAGUUAAGCGACGUGAAAAAACCAAUCCUACGGUACUGGAUGGAUGA